CAAUCGAGACAAAGCGACACUCGCGUUUGGCCAACAAAAAAUUAAAUUGCAUCAAAAAGAUAUUCAAGUGUUUCCUGUCUGUAAAAAACUGCCUUUGAAGGCAUAGCCGGUUUUUGCUUGAUUAGCAAAUAGCCUGUUUCUGACGUUCUGAAUCACUGGAAGCAUUAUUCUUGUGAGUUGGCACUUGAGAACAUAGUCAAGAGAACAGAUGCUCGAGGACCCAUUUCUUGUGUUUACGUGUAUGAUUUGGAUGGUAAUCUCAUUGAAUGUCUAAUUACCUUGAAUAUACCUCAGCUUACUUUGAAAUUCUAUUGGUCAAAUGUACUUGUAAAGAAAAGAUGAGGGUGCAACUUGAACUUGCUUUUCAUCAGAUCCAACAUGCCAAACUGGAAUAGAACACUAAACCAUCCUCUUUUUAAUAUGGGCUUCUUUUUUGUAGUUCGCCAGGUCACCAAGACCUUUGAUCUAGAUAAUCCUGAAUAUUUGAACUCUAUCCGUUAUACUUAUUUGGGUUCACAGAUUGUUAUUUUCAUGUUGUCAUUAUACCUCUUGUCCAUCAUUCGUAAAAAGAAUGAUAACACACCUUUACGCUAUGUUGAACCUGGAGGAAAGACUUGGGAUGGUUCAGAAAGCCCUGAAAAGUUGAUCAACACCACUGUAAAGGACUAUGAUAUCCAAGAAGCUGAAAAGCAAAUGAAAAACAACUUUACAAGCAUUGCUAUCAUCGCUUUCCUUCAUCUUAAGUUCGGAUAUGUUCAACCUUUGAUUAUGCAAUCUGUCAUGGGUUUCAAGGCUUUCUUUUUGACCAAAGAAGCUCAAAUUCACUUGUUAAAUGGCAAGACCACUAAUGGUGAACUGCGUCGCCCCUUCCGUGUUGAAGGGCCCCUUAGUAUGAUUAGUGAAAAACGUCAGCCAAAGACUGAUAAGGGUAGCAUUAAGCGUGCAGAAAAAGCCAUGAAGGCUCAAUAAAAAAGA